GAAGGAGCUACCGUUGGCUAGGGACCAAAGCACAAAAUGGUAUUUAGAAUCUCUGGCAUGCCUCAAUGAUCCAAGCUUGUCAGAGGAAAGGAUUGCGCUCGCAAAAACUAUUUCACUAAUUUUCAUAAUUGAUGACAUCUUUGAUCUUUACGGGACACCUGAUGAACUCACUCUAUUCACACAAGUUGUCAACAGAUGGCAUUAUACAGACAUGGACCAACUGCCAGACUGCAAGAAGAUAUGCCUCAAAGCUCUUGAUGAGAUAACUAAAGAAAUUAGCCACAAGGUGUACAAGAAGCAUGGAUGGAACCCAAUUGAUUCCCUAAGGAAGACGUGGGCAAGUUUAUGCAAUGCAUUUCUGGUGGAAGCAAAAUGGUUUGCUGCGGGGGAGAUCCCAAAGCCUGAGGAGUACUUGAAGAAUGGGAUCAUCAGCACAGGAGUAUAUGUGGUGCUAGUACACGUUUUCUUUCUGUUGGGUCAAGAUAUUACCAAGGAAAAUAUGGAGUUAAUAAACAACAAUCCAGGCAUAAUAUCAUCCACGGCCACAAUUCUUCGACUCUGGGAUGACUUGGGAAGUGCCAAGGAUGAGAAUCAAGAUGGCCGAGAUGGAUCUUAUGUGGAUUGCUACAUGAAGGAACAUAAAGGCAUUACAAUGGAGGAUGCACGCCAACAUGUUAUGCAAAUGAUUUCAAAGGCUUGGAAGCAGCUGAACCAGGAGUUCCUCUCUUCAAAUCCAUUUCCAUCUUCAUUUAGGAGGGCUUCCCUCAAUAUUGCAAGAAUGGUUCCCCUAGUGUACGGUUAUGAUAAAAAUUACUUAAAAAGCAUGGAGGAGUAUGUGGAAUCCAUUCUCUGUGAAAGGACCUAAACCAAAAAAAUGGCUAUUAUUUGGAGUUGUCUAUGAACCUCAAUACAGCAGUUUAUGAAAAUGGCUAACAAAAGCCAUCACUCUAAUAUUAAUCAUAGACGAUGUUUAUGAUAUUUAUGGCUCACUUGAAGAAAUAGAGCACUUCACAAAUG